UGUCAAAGCUAGCCCAAUUAAUUUACAAUUUAUAUCCUGACACAACACAUGAGACCAUCAUAUCACUAUUAACUGGCAGACAACUGUCUGCAGGACUUCUAGGGCACAUUUCAGAGUCGAACAUGGCUUCAUUCAAGGUUUCUAUCGCCCUAUUUGCAGGGCUUUUGGGACUAGGUGCUACCUCUUCAGCUACCCCAACGAGUUCAGAUGUCAACAAUCAACUUCCACCGGGCGUGUCGAAUGUCACAAUCAUCAGCGGUGGAUUGAACCGCAGCUAUCUUCUUUUCAUACCACCAUUGUACAAACCAGACACUCCCACCGGCGCCAUUCUGUCAUACCAUGGGGGAAAUAGGACUGCACUGGAUCAAUUGCAGCUCGAUGAGCUGACAAAUUCAGAGUUCAACACCGAUUUGAUUGUGGUGUAUCCUCAGGGAAUUGAUAAAAAAUGGGAAGGCGUUCCGGGAGUCAAUACGAACGAUACACAAUUCACAACCGAUAUUCUUAACCAGGUCGAAUCACGAUACUCUAUUGAUUCAAAGCAUAUAUGGGCAACAGGGAAAUCCGACGGUGGUGGGUUUUGUAAUCGUCUCGCUUGCGAUGCUGUAUUGUCGGCACGACUAGCGGCUUUUGCUCCAGUUUCAGGCGCAUACUACGUCGACACUCUUCCGUGUACGCCUUCUACGGUGGAAAUUCCCUGCAAUGCUUCCCGUAGAAACAUUCCAUUUCUUGCGUUCCACGGCGGAAACGAUACGACUAUUCCGUACUUGGGCGGGGAGCGAAAGCAUGAAUGUUUACCCACUAUCCCGCAUUUCAUCAGGCAGUGGGCUAAACGAGACGGGUUGAACAGCAGUUCUAACAUCACAACCUCAAUAGCCUCUAAUACUGUACAAUACUCCUUUGGUAUUACUGGGCUAGUUCAAUUGGUUUACGAUUCUGUGAUUGGACAUGAUUGGCCUAGCACAAUCCCAAAUGCCGACAAUCAAAAGGCGGGUCAUCAACCGGCGAGUUUCAAUGCUACUCCUAUAGUAUUGGACUUUUUCCGAAACCACCAGUUGCCAGACUGUAGAUAGUACGUCAGACCUAGGGUGGCCUGGGUCACUCCUCCUAUCAGCUAUUCUCUGGGGAUGGGAUAAUGAAUCAAGUUUUUCCUUCUUCAAUACAACUACCCUUACAUUUGAAAGGCUUCGGAUUCCGGAGUAUCGUAGUUAGGUAAUCGGCUGGCGAAGACUUGUGA